CAAAGUGUUGAUGUGUAUCAAUAGUGCAUGUGUUGAGAAUUAAGAGAGAGUUAGCAGUGUGCAGCUGUUUCAUUUCUCCAACACCUUUUAAACCAUUACAUUUCUCCAACACUUGAACAAGCAAAAUGAGGUAUACUUUUUCCGGCGCUAGCAAUACGUCGUCGUUGAUGACAGAUUUCCUACGCCAAUCCGGCGGCAUCGCCAUCAUCGACGGCGGUCUCGCGACGGAGCUGGAACGACACGGCGCUGACCUCAAUGAUCCACUGUGGAGUGCCAAGUGUCUCCUCACUUCUUCCCACCUCAUCCGUUCGGUGCACCUUGACUAUCUUGAAGCUGGUGCUGAUAUUAUUAUCACGGCUUCUUACCAGGCCACCAUUCAGGGAUUUGAAGCAAAAGGCUUCUCUAGAGGAGAAAGUGAAGCCUUGCUUACAAAAAGUGUGGAAAUUGCUUGUGAGGCACGAGAUAUUUAUUAUGACAGAUGCCAAGCAAUAUCUGGUGAUGGUAGCAAGAUUCUAAAUCAGCGACCCAUUUUGGUUGCAGCUUCUGUUGGCAGCUAUGGAGCAUAUUUGGCUGAUGGAUCUGAGUACAGUGGGGAUUAUGGUGACGCUGUUACACUGGAAACAUUGAAAGAUUUUCAUCGGAGAAGAGUUCAGGUAUUGGCAGAAGCAGGUCCUGAUAUCAUAGCAUUUGAAACAGUUCCAAAUAAAGUAGAAGCUCAGGCAUUUGCUGAUCUCUUAGAGGAAGAAGCCAUAAAGAUUCCAGCAUGGUUCUCCUUUAACUCUAAGGACGGUGUCAAUGUGGUUAGUGGCGAUUCUUUGAUUGAAUGCACCUCAGUCGCUGAAUCAAGCAGCAAAGUCCUUGCUGUGGGAAUCAACUGCACGCCUCCUCGGUUUAUUCAUGGGCUGAUAUUAUCUAUGAAAAAGGUGACAUCCAAACCAAUACUCAUAUAUCCGAACAGUGGAGAGAGUUAUGAUGCUGACAGAAAGGAAUGGGUGCAAAAUACUGGGGUUUCUGAUGAAGAUUUUGUGUCGUACGUAAACAAAUGGUGUGAGGUUGGAGCUUCACUAAUUGGAGGUUGCUGCAGAACAACUCCGAAUACUAUCAGAGCUAUUUGUAGAACUCUGGCCGACAACAGAUCUCAUACCAUGCUAUAGUAGUAUAUGCCGGUCCGGAUUUCCCACCAUGAGAAACCAACCAGAUUCCUGAAGGGCUCGCAUACUCCCGGGAGAGAUCGAGAUCUUUUUUGUAAUAGCUACGCAAUAGGCAUGAAUAUCCCUAGCUUCCAUUAUCGAAUAUCGUUAAUUUUGUAUAAGACGAGACAAGUCAUUCUGAAUGCUCUGUUAUAUGUUAUUUUAAGCAUACAAUGCCAACUUUUCUGAA